AUGGCAGCAUUCAUAGCUAAGCAAGUUGUGGGUGAUAAGCUGUCGUCAGUCAAAGGUGCCAUUGGUAAAGACGAGGAGGGCGGAGGUAACACGAAAGAUGACGAGGAGGCGAGAGAGAUUGAGGAAGCCAGACGGGAGAUGGAGGAGAAGAGGAAGGAGAAACACAGGAAGAUGGAGGAGGAGAGGGAGACAAUGAGGCAGGGAAUCAGAGAUAAGUACGGACUGAAGAAGAAGGAAGAGGCUCAAGAAGAAGAGCCUGACCCUAUGGCCGACGGCAGAGUUGGCCGAAAGAAGAAGACGCCGGCUGAAUUAGCGGCAGAGGCCAACAAAGAAGAGUCGGACGAUGAAGAAUUCGCAAAAUUUCCCCCAAAUCUAAGUGAACUGUCCUCCAAAGUCAGUGAAUUACCUGCCAAAAUGGCACAAGGUGUAGGGGAGAUCACACAGAAAUGUGUCUUGCAAUGAGAUUCAUGUGAUGGUUCGCUGAUGGUGUUGUUUAAAAGAAAUCAACAACCUGUUUCUAUGUUUGCUGGUUUGAAAUUGUUAAGUACUGCAGUGAAUAAGAUGAGCUACAAACAGACAGAAAGAUAGACAGACUUAUAACACAAACCAUUGUAGCCUACACUUCACAUUUCAUAUAGCAGGAGACCACCCAUUGCAGAAAAAUAAAAGAUGAUCUUCAGACUGAUUAGUAAAUUGACUUUUUAUAAUACAAUGUAUUUUGUACAGUUUACCAUGUAGGCAAGACCACACAUACAGCAAAGUAAAAGAUGAUCUACGCAACUUGAUAUCUAGAUGGACCCAUCGUAACAGACCAUACUGUAACUUACACUUACACUUCACAAUUCAUACAGUGCAACAUGUAAUCAAGGGAUUCAUCAUUAAGGACAGGUCAUAUAUUUGAUCUUCAAAGAAAUAUUUGAAAAUGGCAAAUAAAUUUCAUCUACCUGAAACUGCGACAACUUUUUAUUAUAUAAGGACUAAUUACACAGGAAUGUAGGAGAAGGGUAGGAGAAUGGAGUAGACAAGAGAAUUGAACCAGCAUAGUCAUGACUGCUCAAUAGCAAUAUUUGUUCUUGUUUUAACUUUUAUUCUAUAGUACAUAGUUCCAUGUACAUUUUCUUCAACAAAGUUAGAUGUUUAUAUUUUUAAGUCUGUAUAGUCCAUUUGUUGGUGUUUGUUGAAAACAUUACAAAUGAUAAGAAUUAGAGUAUUACUUGAUUAAUGACAUUAAUGUAUUGAGUGUAUGGGGAGAGAAUGUAGUGGUAUAUUGUACUGACUGGAAGAUGUUAUUUACUAAAUUAAUUUAGGCAAGGAAGAAAUAGAUCUAAAUAUUUUUUAAAAAUAUUUAUAUUUUUUUAAAUUGAUUCAUGUGAAUAGUUUUAUCAAUAUUAGAAUAAUAGUAUUUUUUUUUAAAUUUUAGUUGGUGAAACAUUACUAAGAUAACAAAUGCAAGCAAAUUUAAAAAUUUUAUAGAUUGUUGAUGCAAAUUAAAAAUGUAAAAAAAUUCACAUUUUAAAUAAAUUAAAAAGAAAAAGUUGAAGAUUUUGAAAAUGUAACUUAUUUGACCUUCUUACACUACUUUUAUCAGAGAGUAAUGCGUGCAAUUUUAAGUUAGCGUGUGUUGAAUGUUAAUAUGUCACAUGUGAUAAUGUUUUACUUGAUUAUAUUAUUUUAAUUAUGUUGAUGUAGUGAGGUGUGCAAUCACAGUAACUGAUAGCCCAGUGCAAUGUAGAGUUAAUUAAAAAUUAGAGAAUCAUUCUGUAACUCUAGUGGCCUUUAUGUUUACUUAUUAUGUCAAAUGUAAGGAAGAUUUAUUUUUUGCAUUCGUUGUUUGCAGAGGCACCUCUGUUUAUUCACAUUGGUAUAUGUUUGUAUGCUUUGUAAGGCUUAUUGACAGUGUACGUAGCUUUUAAUUUCCUGCACUUGUAGUACCAUAGCUAUGUGGGAUUGUAGUAAGAUGUUUUUAGCAUAUGUUUAACUUUUAUGGACAUUAGUUUUUGUAAUCAUUGAAUGGUUUGAAAUUAAUUAGAAAACAAGACCUUAACAGUAAUUGGAAUUCCUAAUAUAAAUUGAA